AUGCCUAACACCUCCUUUGCUGCUCUUUUCCAAUUUGCACACAUUGCACUUGCUCAGGCUCAUGUCCUACCACCUACACCUCCACCCUCCAAAAAUUCCAGCACUGCCAGCAGCAUUGUCUUCCAAACCUUUAGCCACUCUUCUGAUGAUGACAGCAAUAACAACAUCCAAAUUGAAGUCAGCAGCCUGCGUAUCAAUUACAAAGAGUUGGAGCCCCAAGCGACUUUCAUUCAAUUUGAAAUAUCUCAACUGGCCUGCAAUCGUUUUUGCAUGCCACCAACAUCUUGCAGCCAUCGACCAACAAACUACAUGAAGCUGUUGCUUGCAGUCAAAUGGGUAUCUCCAUAUACCUUCACCUUGACAGACUUUGACAUUAUUCUACACCUCAAGAUUCUGUAUGUUGAUUGUUUGGAUAUCCACCACUUGGAAGAACCUGGAUGCUAUUAUGGCACUGCUGGCACCUACAACCUCAAUACAAGCAGCUUCUAUUGGAAGAAGAAGCCCAUUAUUUGCUGA